GUUCAUUCUCUAAAAUUUAUCAAAAAUAAUAAAAAUCAUGGUGCCAGAGAAAAUCGUUUCAGUCUUAUAGCAAAUUUCAACGCGUUCACAUCGCUGGUAUAUAUUUGAUAUUUACUGCUAAAUCUUUUUUAAACAAACCAAAAACUAAUUCCCCCCAAACAAACCAAACAAAAUGAGCUCUGCUGAAUACUAUCCAUUCAAGUGCACCCCCACUGUCUAUCCCGCUGAUCCCUUUGAUCCCGUCGAAGAUGCCAGCAUUUUGCGCAAGGCCAUGAAGGGCUUUGGCACCGACGAAAAGGCCAUCAUUGAAAUUUUGGCCCGUCGCGGCAUUGUUCAACGUUUGGAAAUCGCCGAAGCCUUCAAGACCUCCUACGGCAAGGAUUUAAUCUCUGAAUUGAAAUCCGAAUUGGGUGGCAAAUUCGAAGAUGUUAUCAUUGCUCUCAUGACACCCCUGCCACAAUUCUAUGCCCAAGAAUUACACGAUGCUGUAGCCGGUUUGGGUACCGACGAAGAAGCCAUCAUUGAAAUUCUCUGCACUCUGUCCAACUUUGGCAUCAAGACCAUUGCCCAAUUCUAUGAACAAAGCUUUGGCAAAGCCCUAGAGUCUGACUUGAAGGGUGACACCUCCGGCCACUUCAAACGUUUGUGUGUGUCUUUGGUGCAGGGUAAUCGUGAUGAAAAUCAAGGUGUCGAUGAAGCUGCCGCCGUUGCUGAUGCCCAGGCAUUGCAUGAGGCCGGCGAGGGCCAAUGGGGCACCGAUGAAUCAGUAUUCAAUUCCAUUUUAGUCACCCGCUCUUAUCAACAAUUACGCCAAAUCUUUUUGGAAUACGAAAACUUGGCUGGCCACGAUAUCGAAAAAGCCAUCAAACGUGAAUUCAGCGGCGCCGUUGAGAAAGGCUUCUUAGCCAUUGUCAAGUGCUGCAAGUCCAAAGUUGAUUACUUUGCUGAACGUUUGUAUGAUUCCAUGCACGGUUUGGGCACCAAGGAUAAGACUUUAAUUCGUAUCGUUGUCAGCCGUUCGGAAAUCGAUUUGGGCGAUAUUAAAGAGGCAUUCCAAAACAAAUAUGGCAAGAGCUUGGAAUCUUGGAUUAAGGGCGAUACUUCUGGCGAUUACAAGCGUGCCCUAUUGGCGAUUGUUGGAUACUAAAACUUAAAAAGAUAACAAAAAAUCUCAGAAAAGAAAAAACUGCACAAUUUAUUAUUAUUUUUGAUAAAUAACUUAAAUUUAAAACAAACAAAAAACAACUACAACUAAAAUUAAAAUUAAGACCUUAAUCUGCCUUGAAAAAAAAAGAAAAGAAAAACAACGCAAAGUUCAAAACAACUGAAAUCAUAUUUUUCUCAAAUCGAAUACAAUUUUUUAUACAAAAUUUUUUCUCCUUUAACACUUAAAUAAAUAAAUAGUUGUAAAGUUUUUUUUAAUGGGUAAAAAAUUAAUCAUUAAACUAAAUAAUGACAAACUAAGCAAAAUAAUAUUUGUACAAAAAAAGCCCAAUGACAUUUUUUUUUUUAAAUAAUAACUAUAUAUGUAUACAGAAUAAAGUUAAUCUCUUACAUUUCUUUUUUUUUAUAUAUAUAUAUAUAUAUAAAUAUAUCUAAAUAUUUCCUAUUGUUGUAUUUGUUUUUUAUAUAAAUAUAUAUAAAUGGUAUCUUAAUAUCUUUAUUGUACUACUUUUAUAUAUAGUUUUUUUAUAUUUACUUCAUUUCGUAAUGCAAUUAAGUAUUUGAUCUUAAUUAUCUACUGUUUCCGUAAUCACUUUAUUCAUCUUGUUAUUUUUUAUUUUAUUUAAACAUUUUUUUUUUAUUAUUUUAAAAUAUGUAUAAAAACAUAAAAAAACUAAAAACAAAAUAAUACAAAAAUUAUUAAAACAGUAAGAA